AUGGCAUUGGACAACAUAGCCAAUGAGCGCAUGUCGAGCAAGCUCAAGGCGUGGGUGAGAACGAACCUCGGGGGGACCGUCAGAGCCACAACGAUGCAUUUGGCGAGCGGUUUCCCGGAAGCGGCGGUGUUGGCCGGCCUUCAGCACGACAUCAACCUGGAAGAGAUCGUGAGAGCGUGUGACCUGCUCCUCCCUUGCGGGCUGAAGAUCGCGGCGAUGGCGGCGAACCUGAAGACCUUCUCGAAGCUUCUCAGCGAGGGUGCCACUGUGGCCGUCAACCCGGGGGGCCUUUAUGAGCAGGUCGCCACCGAUGCCAACCAGGAGCGACUCUUCUUCCCUGCCAAUCUUGGCUUCGUUCGGCUCGCCAUCCAGCACGGCACCCCGCUGCUGCCAAUCUACUGCUUUGGCGAGAAUCAGCUUUUCAGGACGGCGGAGUGGGUCCGGAACAUCAACCACUUUCUGUACAGGAAGUUUAAAGUUGGUAACUUCCUGAUCCUGGGCCUUUUCGGCAUCCCUGUGACUCCGCUGCUCCCGAGCCCCUUCUUCCAUCCAGUCUUCCGCACACGGCUUCACAUUGAGUUCGGUCCGCCGGUGGACGUGGGCCCGAAGGAAGCGGAGCCCAGUGAUGCGCGGGUGCAUGAGGUCUACACCAAGUACGUGGCAGCGCUACAAGAGAUGUUCAAAACCUGCGCGCCCAAGUAUCUUCCGAAAGAGGUGGCGGAUCGUGGAUUGGAAGUCAUUCUGCGGGAGAACCCGAAGAAGUCUUCCAAAGAAGACUGA